UUCUCCAAGCAGCCGGGCGGGCGUUAGAGGCUCUUCGGAAGAAACGGUUUUCCUCACUACUUCGCUGUUCUCGAAAUAUUCCUGACUCUUGUCGCACACUAGGAUCAAACGUUUUGUGUGUGUUUCGUGUUCAUGUAUUCGGACAUUUGAAGGAAAACGCCGCAUUAAAUGAGUUGAGCUCGACACACAGACAGCAUCAUCCUCUUGUCAGGUUGAGCUUCAUCCGAGCCUCGGAGCUCACUGCCCUUCAGCACACUGGAGCGUUUCUAGAACUGAGCACUGGAGUUUGACGGACACAUUUUCUCCUUCGUCUUGGAAGUACACGUUUAAGACUGAGAAACAUCACUAAUAUAUCGACCGGAAUCGAGGACAGGAAAUUAAUUUUUCUCUCACAACGCCGUUACGCAUGGUGGGAAUUUCUACCUCUUUUCAGUAUCGCACUGAGAAGCGCUCCACCAUGCCCGACUCACCUGCUGAUGUGAAAACACAGUCCAGGUUAACUCCGCCCACCAUGCCUCCUCCCCCCACCACACAGGGAGCUCCCAGGACCAGCUCCUUCACCCCCACUGCAUUAACAAAUGGCACCAGUCACUCCCCCACUGCACUGAAUGGAGCUCCAUCUCCACCCAAUGGCUUCAGCAAUGGGCCUUCAUCAUCAUCUUCGUCCUCGCUCGCCAAUCAGCAGCUGCCACCGGCCUGUGGUGCAAGACAGCUCAGCAAGCUCAAACGCUUCCUUACAACACUACAGCAGUUUGGCAAUGACAUCUCACCUGAGAUAGGAGAACGAGUGCGUACCCUGGUGUUGGGGCUUGUGAACUCCACUCUAACCAUUGAGGAAUUCCACUCCAAACUGCAAGAAGCGACUAACUUCCCGCUCCGACCUUUUGUCAUCCCCUUUCUGAAGGCCAACCUGCCGCUACUGCAGAGGGAGCUGGUGCACUGUGCACGGCUGGCCAAGCAGAACCCGGCUCAGUAUCUCGCCCAACACGAGCAACUCCUGCUGGACACGAGCACCACGUCACCCGUCGACUCGUCUGAACUCUUGAUGGACGUCAACGAGAACGGCAAGAGAAGAACGCCUGACAGAACCAAAGAGAACGGCUUUGAGCGGGAGCCGCUCCAUCCCGAGCACCCCAACAAGAGGCCCUGCACUAUCAGCCCUGGCCAGCGCUUCAGCCCCUCGAACGGGCUCUCCUACCAGCCCAACGGCCUGCCACAUCCCACCCCACCUCCUCCACAGCACUACCGUCUGGACGACAUGGCCAUCGCACACCACUACAGAGAUUCUUACCGUCACCCCAACCACCGCGAGCUCCGCGACCGCCCUCGGCCUCUGGGGAUGCACGGCAGCACGCGCCAGGAGGAAGUCAUAGAUCACAGACUCACAGACAGAGAAUGGGCAGAAGAGUGGAAGCACCUUGACCAUGUAAGAAAACUCCUGAACUGCAUUAUGGAUAUGGUGGAGAAGACACGUCGCUCAUUGACAGUGUUGCGGAGGUGCCAGGAGGCCGACCGGGAGGAGCUCAACUACUGGAUCCGUCGUUACAGUGAUGCUGAAGAUCUUAAAAAGACCAGCAGCUCCAGCAGCAGUCAGUCCAGACAGCAGAGCCCCGCCAGCCAAGAAAGUAAUGCUUUAGACAUCCAUAGGGAGCUCCUUCACAGGCCAGUGUCUGGAUACGUACCUGAAGAAAUCUGGAAGAAAGCCGAAGAGGCUGUGAAUGAGGUGAAGAGGCAGGCCAUGUCUGAGUUGCAGAAAGCUGUGUCAGAGGCCGAGCGCAAGGCCCAUGAGAUGAUCAGCACUGAGCGAGCCAAGAUGGAGCGCACGGUGGCCGAGGCCAAGAGGCAAGCGGCAGAGGACGCGCUGUCAGUCAUCAACCAGCAGGAGGACUCUAGUGAGAGCUGCUGGAAUUGCGGGCGCAAGGCAAGCGAGACUUGCAGCGGCUGCAACACGGCGCGUUACUGCGGCUCCUUCUGCCAACACAAGGACUGGGAAAAGCACCACCACGUAUGCGGCCAGACUCUCCAGGCUCAGCAGCAGGGCGAGACCCCCGCCACCGUCAGCUCUUCGGCCACCCCCAGCAGCGGAGCCGGCAGCCCUGCGGACACGCCGUCCGCCGCCACUCCUCGCUCGGCCACGCCCGGCACGCCCUCCGCCAUAGAGACCACGCCACGCUAGAGCCCGAGCGGCCCGUUUCUGACUCACCUGCCUCACUCGCUCCAAAAUGCUAAAUCUAGCGCACUAACAAAGAGAGAAGACUGUACCGUGGAGGUCCAUUUCGGGUCAUAUUGACUUGCCAUGAUAGAGAACACAAAGAUAUUCUUUGUUUGAAAUUCUCAUUGUUACUACAGCUAUUAUCGAUUACUGUUGAUAAUGUCGUUUAUUGUUGUUGUGGCUCUCUUACGUUCUUGUAAAUAAGAAGACAAAUGGAGUAGACAGCCGGGACCUCUCAACGAGUAUAUUUGACCUCCCCUUCGUUCCGUUUUUUUUCGCUCCGAAGCUCUUUAUCCAGUAGCUGGGAUAUGAAACUAUUUGACCUCAUUAAAAGACACUUUAAAUGACAAAAACCAAGGAAAUACUUCAUAGCUGAUGUAAGCAAAGACUAUACCAAGACAAAAAGACAGCGUUCCUUGUAAAGAAGUCAACAAGACGUUGACGAGAAAAAACAUGCUACGAAGGGCAUCUGUGGCGGUGGAGUAGACGGCGGACGGGCGCGCUGAACUCUGCAGAUGUGCAGCAGAUUGUGAAGGAACGCAGAUGUUCGUCCCUCUUCUGCAAGAUAAUAUCCAGGUCAAUGGUCUGAGAAAUAAAAAGCUGUUUCGCCGAGGAAUGUAGGGCCGAGGAGGGCCCGUGCUGGAUGUUGAGUACCGCACGGCGUAAUGAAGGAUGCGCUCUGAGCCCUGAUCCCAAAUGCACUCCAUCAGCUCCCUAAACAGGAAGUGAAGUCAUCGGCCCACCAGAGCAGGACUGUCAGAACCUCACUGUGACAGCCGCUGGGAAACAAAGGGCUGAGAAAUUACCCAUAAAUCACUGGCCUAGAGCCCUCACUGGCCAACCCCGCCUCGUUCUGCUUCUUUUCGCCCUUCUAGAUCUCAUUGUGUUAAACACUUGUGUCCUGUGCCGUCUCCAAUGGUUAUUUAUUGUACAUGUGCUGGACAAUUGUGACGACGCAUUACAACUUUUUAGUCUUUCUAGGUGCAAAAAGGAAGAACAUAUUUUCUCGUUUUCUCGCUCUCUUCUCUCUCGCAAGCUGCUUUUCUAUUCGUACGUGUUCGUGCUAGUCCCCUCGUAGUUCUCUAAGAAGAAAAAACACUUUUCCCAUUGUCCUCGAAAGACGCUAUCUCUCAGAGCUGCUACUUCAGUCUCAUCCAGAUGUUUUUUCUGAGAACUAGCAUGUUACAUGGAAUGCUAACAUAAAUGUUUUUGUACAUGGGACGUACAUAAAUGUAUUUGCACUGUCACGGUUUUUCUCGGCAUGCUUCUUUUGGCUUUUUUUUUCCAUAGGGAGCUUCGUUACAUAUCUGUGAUUUUCUUUUCUUGUUAAAAAACGGAGAAAAAUGGAUGAAAAAAAGAGAAAAAGAAAAUGGAAAAAAAAGAAAACAGAAGUAUCACGAUCUGCUUUUGUUAACAUUUUUUUCUAAACAUUUUGCUUUGAAUAGUUAAGGACAGUGCAUGCAUAUGCAUACUGAACGCUAUGGUAUAUGUUGUUUUUGUUUUCUACAAAAAAAGACAAAAAAUGUACAAAAAAGACACUAACUUUCCAAAUGCAGAGGUGAAAAACAGACAGCUUUAACACUGCAGAGCACCAGGAUACACAGUAUUACAAAAGAAUUAACAUGGAAGACAGCCAAAGACAGACAUGAAGGACCAAAACCUGAUUUUAUCCAAGAUUUAAACAUUACAAAAGAGACUCACUCCAAUGCAUUCUUGUUUUCUCGACGUGUUUAUCAGGGGAAGCCACAUUGAGCAAUGUUUCCAUUCGAAAACCUUUAACUCUCCCCUGUCCAGAGCCAAGACCAGCCCGUAGGGAGGAGGAGCCACUCAAAAAACCAUGUAGCAGGAAAGAGGGUUUCACGUGUGGAUGAUUGAGCAAUAACUGAAAAGGUGGAUCCCCUAUGUAGAUCCUGCAGGGGCGAGGUUUCACAACCGUUUCACUGUCGUCGCUUUUCUUUCCGCAUCAUUCCUCGAAACGGAUUCGUCACGAGAACGCCGACCGGCCCGAUCAAACCGAAGCUCUUCUCGUUCAUAAACGGCGCAUAACCAAACCUUCAAGUGUUUCAGCUCAAGAUAAAAAGCCAUGUGAGAAUCUAAAACGAAACAACCUCGUCAAUGGCUUAAGAGGAAGAGGGGUCUAAACAGGCACUUAACUGCACAGCUCACGUCCCCCAAACAAUGGUGCUAAACGCUGUGCAUUUGACCUUCUAGGAGGAGUGGCUCUGGAUGCACUCCCGGCAUGCUACGGUUAAAUAAUCCAAAAAAACAAGGUGUAAGACACCUGUCCGCAUCUCCAGAGAAUCUGCCAGCUAAGCUGUCUUGAAACACUAGUGUACUAUUUUUGAAUAUAGUUAGCGUAGUUCGAUCAGGGUGACCUGAAUAAAACAAGCGCGGACGAAGCGUUAAGUAACUCCUCCUUCUCCUUCCCAAUCUAGUACGUCUGUUUUGCUACAACCUUUUUUCCUCGGUGGCAAAAAGUCUCACUCUACCUCUGACAGCACGUUAGGAGCACCAGUCGCUGAGCGGACACUGGUCUAGUCAAACCAAAUGGGCACAUGAGAACAGGACUUAAACCCAAAGUUAAAAGCUCAUAUAGCUGCAAACCAUAUCACUAC